GACCCUCCAGAUGAGUACUGAACAUAAGUUCUUAUAAUACAUCCAGGAGGUAAAAGAGUUAUUAUUAAAAAAGUAGGAACAAGUUGAAUAAAUGUGUACCACCGAAGAAGAGCAAUAAGAUAGCCGCCAUGACUAUAGUAAUUGGAUUUGAGGGAAGUGCCAAUAAGAUUGGCAUUGGAAUCAUCAGGGAUGGUGAAGUGCUGUCCAACCCGAGACGGACCUACAUUACCCCCCCUGGUCAAGGUUUCUUGCCGAGUGACACCGCCAGGCACCACCGUGCUGUCAUUCUGACGGUCCUGAAGGAGGCGCUGGAGCAAGCAGGGCUGAAGCCUGCAGACAUCGACUGUGUGGCGUUCACCAAAGAUGGGGGAGCCAGCAUGGCCAAGCCUCUGCUGAAAAUACAGCGCUAUUUCCGCAGGAAACCUAUCCGAUUCUUUUCCCUCAUCCUCCUGUACCUGACUGCCGGGAGCCUCGUCUUCUUGCACUCUGGCUUCGUCGGGGAAAGCCGCUCCGGGGCCAGAGGAGGCCGAGACUCCUUGGUAGCUUCAGAGAAGGGAGGCCGGACUUCACUGUCAGACGCUCGGGGGCUUGGCAUCAUGAGUCGAGUGUUUAAGGAGACUCGCAGGUCCGGGCGGAGGUACGGCCCUCCGUGGAUGAAGAAGCCGGGACAGGAGGGCCAGGACACGGUGCGCAGGGGGGGAGACUACACCAACAACUGGAACCGGGCCCUUAAAGCACGCAGCGCCAAAGAUGUGGACGAUGGAAGAGGUUUCUCCACUCAGAUUUCCAAUGACCCCAGUCCAGGAUACAACAUCGAGCAGAUGGCUAAAAAAGGGAGUCAGUAUGUGGAGCUACCAUAUACGGUAAAAGGAAUGGACGUCUCAUUUUCUGGGAUUACCUCUUACAUUGAGGAAGCUGCUCACAAGAUGAUCAGCUCGGGUCAGUGUUCAGCAGAGGACCUGUGCUUCUCCCUGCAGGAAACGGUGUUCUUCCAUGUUCAAAGAUGA